AUGGCAUCCGCAGCGCCUGCUCUGGACCUCGCAACGGCUCCAGCCGAAGACCCAACUAAACCCUCAGUGUCAACUCUCCUCGACGAGUCCCCUCCCCCAAUUGCACCCGAUCAAUUCGAUCCAAAAUGGGAGACCGACAAGCUAGAAAUAUGGAGUUAUUACGCUUAUUAUAUUGGCAAUAACGGAUUAUCGCUCUUUAAUUUUGCGCCGACGGCAUUUCAGAAUCUGUUGUAUCAGGCAGUUGGGGAUGGCACUACCUUGAGAUUUGCUGGGAGAGACAGGACUAUUAACAGCAUAGUUCUCUUGGCAAACGGGAUAAGCUUUUCUAUCCAAGUGGUAGUGUUCUUACUUCUUGGAAGUUUUGCUGAUUUCGGGACCUGGCGUCCAAACAUCUUGAUCGUUCUAUCACUGGUUGCCUGGGGCGUCGGGUUUGGAUGGUUAGGCGUGCAUGAUCCUUCUAAGUGGGAGAUCGCAACCGGCUUGUACAUCGUUGGACUCAUUGCCUACCAAACAACAUUGACUUUCUGGACUGCUGCCUUUCCGGGCUUGGCUCGAAAUACGCCCCAGCUUCGUGAAAAAGCAGAAGCAUACCAAGCAGGAGAGAUUUCUAGAGCAGACUAUGACUAUGCGGAUACGCUCAAGCGCUCUGAACUUUCUAAUAUGGCAUUCUAUAUCCAGUCACUCGGAGAGAUCGUCAUCCUAGCUGUCAUCGUCGGAAUCAUGUUCGGGAUUAAUGUCAAUGCCUCAACUGAGAACAAUAACUGGGGCCUAUCAGUGCUUGUGGCAUUUGUUACAGGUGUCUGGUUACUCCUUGCGAUUCCUUGGUUUCUUAAGGAAAAGAGGAGGGCUGGGCAAGAGGUUCCGCCAGGAAUGAACAUCAUAACCGUCGGAUUAUGGCAACUCUACCGCGCACUCGGCCAAAUUUGGCAGCUAAAGCAAUCCCUAAUCUACCUAAUUGGUUACUUCCUCCUGGGCGACAGUCUCAACACCACCGUGACGGUCAUAGCCACCCUCCAAAACAGCAUUGUCGCCUACAACACCCUCCAACUAACCUACCUCCUAAUCGUGGGCAUAGCCGCCCAAGCAAUCGGCAUCUACACAUUCUGGUGGGCCCAGCGCCGGUACGGCCUCUCCACAAAAACAAUGUUCAACAUCGUCGCGUGUGCAAUCAUAGUCCUCGACAUAUGGGGCAUGAUAGGCAUCUGGACGGAGAAAUUCGGUUUCCACAAUGUGUGGGAAGUCUGGUUAUACCAAGUGUUCUACGGCCUCUUCGUCUGUCCAUGGUACUCGUACUCGCAAAUCAUGAUCAGCGAGGUCACGCCGCGAGGCCGGGAGUUUCUCUUCUUCAGUUUGUUUAGUAUUAUUGGGAAGACAUCCAGUUUUAUCGGACCUUUGGUUAGCUCGGCCAUUAUCGAUGCGACGCCGAGCGGGAAUAAUUCUACGCCUUUUUAUUUUUUGACGGCGUUAAGUGUGCUGAGCUUCUUUGUUUGUGUUUUUGGUGUCGACUUGGAGAGGAGUCGGAGGGAGCAGGAUGAGUUUUUGGAGAGCGAGGAUGAGCACAAGAAAGGAAUGGGUUUACAUCAUAUUGAUGGUACUGAAACGGCCAUCCGGGUGAGCCAGGGUGCGGGUAGUAUGAAAGUUUAA